CGCUCUUUGUGCACUCCGCCAUCUUCCACAUCUCUCUCGAGCAGAUCUCUCGUGAACAGCUGACAAUGGCGACCACUUUCAGCGCCUCUGUCUCCAUGCAAGCCACUUCUCUGGCGACACCAACAAGGAUUAGUUUCCAGAAGCCAGCUUUGGUUUCAAGGACCAAUCUCUCCUUCAACUUAGGCCGUUCAAUCCCCACUCGCCUCUCAGUUUCUUGCGCGGCCAAACCAGAGACGAUAGAGAAAGUGUCUAAGAUUGUCAAGAAGCAACUCUCACUCAAAGACGACCAAAAGGUCGUUGCGGAGACCAAGUUUGCUGAUCUUGGAGCAGAUUCUCUCGACACGGUUGAGAUAGUGAUGGGUUUAGAGGAAGAGUUUGAUAUCGAAAUGGCGGAAGAGAAAGCACAGAAGAUCGCAACUGUGGAGGAAGCUGCUGAACUCAUUGAAGAGCUCGUCCUACUGAAGAAGUAACUUUAGUACAAAUCACCUUCUCAAUGAAGUUAAAACCAUAAGGCUUUGGUGUUUGUUGUUUUCAUAUCUUUUCGGUCAUUUUCUUUUUCUUUUAAUGUGGUCAAGAAGCUACUACUGUCUUUGUCCUAGUAGUUUUAGUAGUAUCUGUAUCCACGGAUUGCUAUUUGUCUCCUGAAACUUUUGGUGCUUGGAAAAUUCAGAAUAACUUGGAAAAUGA